AUGUCUGCCCCAAACCCAAAAGCUUUCCCAUUAGCUGAUUCAGCUUUAUCUCAACAAAUUUUAGAUGUUGUUCAACAAGCUCAAAAUUUAAGACAAUUAAAGAAAGGUGCCAAUGAAGCUACCAAAACUUUAAACAGAGGUAUUUCUGAAUUCAUCAUUAUGGCUGCUGAUACUGAACCUAUUGAAAUCUUAUUACAUUUACCUUUAUUAUGUGAAGAUAAGAAUGUUCCAUAUGUUUUUGUUCCAUCUAAAGCUGCUUUAGGUAGAGCUUGUGGUGUUUCUAGACCAGUUAUUGCUGCUUCUGUUACUUCUAAUGAUGCUUCUACUAUCAAGAACCAAAUCAUACCAUAA